AUGCUCACCAGUGAGCAGCUCACAGAUCUUUCAGAAAACUUUAAAACGGUAUCACAAAAUGGCUCGGGUUUCUUACCACAUAGUGAACUGCAGGCGGCUUUGAAGGUUCUUGGCAUUGAUGUUCCAGGUUACAAGAUGCGCGAGCUAUGCGAUCGAUAUGGUUUUACGAAUUCUGGCAAUGUGGAGCUCUCUCGAUUUGCUGCCCUUUUUGAUGAAUUAGAGCAGGCCAAGCAUCAAGAAACGAACAGAUGGAAGGAAAGGAUUGGAUCGGUAAGUGGUGCAUACACAAUACCAAGUGACAAGCAAGAGAACACAGUACAUACUAUCAGGACUGAGGAAGAAGUGGCAUUUUCAAAUUGGAUCAACUCUAAUUUGUCAACUGAUCCCGAUCUAAAACGACUGCUACCUGUGAUUCCGGAAGGAAAUGAUCUGUACACCAAAGUACAAGAUGGACUUAUUAUAUGCAAACUUGUGAAUUUGGCUGUUGCUGGUACCAUCGAUGAGAGAGCUAUCAACAAAAAGAACCUCAACACAUAUACGAAACUGGAAAAUCUCACACUGGCACUCAUGUCCGCACAAGCCAUUGGUUGUAAUAUCAUCAACAUCGAUAACAUAGAUCUUAGUAAAGGAACACCUCACCUUGUUCUUGGAUUACUUUGGCAGAUCAUCAGGAUAGGCCUAUUCAACCAGAUUGAUCUUCAACAUUGUCCCGGCUUGUUCCGACUAUUAAGAGAGGGAGAGACUCUUGAUGAUCUGAGGAGGCUCUCACCUGAGGAAAUCCUCAUGCGCUGGGUCAACUAUCAUAUGGAAAAUGCUGGGAUUUCACGUCGUUUAACCAACUUCACUACAGAUAUCAAUGACUCAGAGAUUUACACACAUCUUUUGAAUCAAAUAGCACCGUAUGGAAGUGGUGUGACUCUUGCACCUUUGUCUGUAACGGGAAAUGUCAGCCGUGCAGCAGCAAUGUUGGAUGAAGCGGAAAAAUUAGAUUGCCGAGAAUUCGUAACUCCGAAUGAUGUCGCCAGCGGGAAUUACAAGUUAAAUUUGGCGUUUGUUGCAAAUCUUUUCAACAAACAUCCAAACCUACCCGAUCCAGCAGCCGAUGAAAUUGUCGAGGAAGUCAUCGAGGAAACUCGUGAAGAAAAAACUUACCGAAACUGGAUGAAUUCUAUGGGAGUAAAUCCAUUCGUUAACUGGCUUUACAGUGAUCUGCAGAACGGAGUAGUAAUUUUCCAGCUCUACGACAUCAUUCGACCAGGAAUCGUGCAAUGGAAACGAGUCGUUAGGGUUUUCCACAAGCUAAGAGGAAUGAUGGAUCAGAUUCAGAAUUGCAAUUAUGCUGUUGAGCUUGGCAAGCAGCUUCGAUUUUCUUUGGUUGGUAUCCAAGGGAAAGAUAUCUACGAUGGCAACCAAACCCUUACUCUUGCCUUGGUAUGGCAGUUGAUGAGAGCAUACACCUUGACAGUACUGGCUCAAUGCACGCAGAGCGGAGACUCGCUUCCCGCCGACAAAGAUAUUGUGGCAUGGGUGAAUCAUAAGCUUUCUUCCUGCGGAAAGUCUUCUUCAAUCCGAUCAUUCCAAGAUCCUUGCAUAUCAGAUGCUCGAGUUGUGCUUGAUCUGAUUGACGCGAUCAAACCCAAUGUGAUAGACCAUUCAUUAGUAAAGCUUGAUGGGGGUCUGGAAAGCAACAUGGAAAAUGCCAAAUAUGCUAUCACAUGUGGUCGCAAAAUUGGUGCCAAAAUAUAUGCGUUGCCUGAGGAUAUUGUUGAGGUGAAGCCAAAAAUGGUAAUGACAGUAUUUGCUUGUCUCAUGGCUCGUGACUACAUGCCAGAUAUGAGGGAAUCUGCCGCUGCACCAGUCACUCCUUUGAUGUCUUAG